CGGAGCCAGCUGCCAAAGCGGCAAGACUUCACACACAGCCCAGCCUCCUUGCAGGGUCCAGAGCCGAGGUCCAAAGGGGCCCUGGGGGGACCCAAUGAAGAUACUACUGACCAUCUUAGCUGUGGGAACCCUAACCGAGGACGCAUUUGGUCUCCUUCGAUACGUGAAAUUCCACUCCAGCAACUUUGAAAACAUCUUGAUGUGGGACAGUGGAGCAGCGAGCACCCCGGACAUGGUCUACAACGUGCUGUAUAAGAGGUACGGAGAGACAGAGUGGCUGGCCAAGGCAGGCUGUCAACUGACCAAGCAGAAGUCCUGCAACCUGACUAUGGAGACAGGCAACUUCACCGAAUUUUACUAUGCCAAUGUCACGGUUGUCAGCUCAGGAGUUCAAAUAACCUCCAAGAGAAGUGAACGUUUCAACUCACUGCAACACACUACCAUCAAACCACCAGCUGUGACCUGUAUCCCCAAAGUGCGGUCCAUCCAGAUGCUAAUCCACCCCACAUUCACACCUGUCCUCUCGGAAGAUGGCCACCAGCUAACUCUGGAGGAGAUUUUCCAGGACCUGUUCUACCGCUUAGAACUCCACGUCAACCACACCUAUCUAAUGCACCUUGAAGGCAAACAGAGAGAAUAUGAGUUCCUGGGUCUGACUCCCGACACACAGUUCCUCGGGUACAUCACAAUUUUGGCUCCAAUGUGGUCCAAGGAGAGCGCCCCCUAUGUGUGCCAAGUGAAGACGCUGCCUGACCGGACGUGGACCUACUCCUUCUCAGGUGCUGUGCUAUUCGCCAUGGGUUUCUUCGUCGGCUUGCUCUGCUAUCUAGGCUACAAAUACAUCACCAAGCCACCUGUACCUCCUAACUCUCUGAAUGUCCAGCGUGUCCUGUCCUUCCAGCCGCUACGCUUCAUCCAGGAGCAUGUUCUGAUCCCUGUCUUGGACCUCAGUGGCCCCAGCAGUCUGACUCAGCCCAUCCAGUACUCCCAGGUGGUGGUCUCUGGGCCCAGGGAGCCACCUGGAGCUGCACAGCGGCACAGCCUGCCUGAGGUCACCUACAUAGGGCAGUCAGAUGUCUCCAUCCUCCGGCCCACCAGAGCGCCACCUCAGCAGACAUUGUCCCCACCAUCCUAUGCCCCAAAAGCUGUCCCUGAGGUCCAGCCCCCUUCCUAUGCGCCUCAGGUAGCCUCUGAUGCCAAAACUCUAGUCUACUCGCCACAGCAGGUGAUGAAGACCCAUCCUUCCACCCACAACACGCAAGGCAUUCUGGACAGCUGGCCUGCUUCCUACGCUGUGUGUGGGGAAGACACUGGCAAAGACUCCGCUCCUGAGCUCCUCUCCCAUCCCAAACACCCCAUGCCAAAGGGUCAGCUUCAGGAAGACACUCUUGCUGGAAGCUGUCUCCCAGAGGACCUUUCUCUGCAAGGAGUCACCUCCUUGGCUCAGGAGGAGAUACAGAGACCAAAGUCACUCCCCCUACCUCUGGAAUUUUGCACAGACAGAGGGCCUGACCUUCACACACUGCACAGCAGUGCACCAGACACACCACGGUACCUGAAGGGGGCGCUAUCCCUCCUGUCCUCUGUCCAGAUCGAGGGCCACCCUGUCUCCCUCCCUUUGCACACCUACUCCCUCUCACAUUCCCCCUCCAGCCAGGAACCAAGUCCCUGGGGCCUGCUGGACUCCCUCGUGUGUCCCAAGGACGAGGGUCCAGGGACUGAGGCUGAGGCCGUGAGCCACCGUGCUGAAGCCUCUGAGCUGGAACAGUCCACAGAACUGGACUCUCUUUUCAAAGGCUUGGCCCUGACUGUGCAAUGGGAAUCCUGAAGGGAGAUCAGAGCAAGCAGGCCAGGGCUUCCUCCUGCCCGACCCGGCUGACAACCCCACACCCACUAGGCCACACACUCCAAGGCCAGCUCCAGGUGCGUGCCCUGGCGAGAACCAGCAAAAGGAAGAUUUGGGGCCCAAGUGGGGAUACAAGCGUAUGGUGAGGGCUCAAGCGGAGAAACCACAAGCAGGUGGCAUGCGCAAAUGGCCUGUGCCACAGAGCCAGGCAGGUAGGACAGAGUGAGGUCAUGCAGGGAAACCUCCUGGAGACCCACCCCACAUCACCCCUCAGCUCCUAGGACAUGGGGCUGGAGGCUGCCUAUCUUCCCUUGCUUCCUGGCCAGCUCCCUAAUGUAGUUUAACUAAAAGUGAGGCACCCACCCUCUCUGAAGGAGCUUGGAUUGGAAGCUGGGAGACCCAGCCCAACAGGCACUUCUGCCAAGGCCAGAGACAGCACCGUGACAAAACUUCAGGGCACAGUGUGGCUCGGGGCUCACUCCCUGCCGGAAGGCCCUUCUUUGCUCCUCUGUGGGGGGCUUCACCCCGGAAUGGCCUGUUAGUCCAUCAUAAGGUGAGGGGUGUGCUGCACAGAACUUCUCUGCAGGCAGGGGUCCAGAGAAAAGCAUUUCAACGGGGCAUGGAGCCUCAGCAUGUCCGGGCUCACGUUCCGGCCUCUCCACAUGUCUAUCAUCUGUAUGACAUCAAGCAAGUGAAUUAGCUAGCUCAGACCUCAGCUCCCUCAUCAAAGAAACCGGGAUCAUCACACUUGUCUUAUGAGGCGGUGCCAAGGAUGGCAUCAAUGUCUAGGAGGUGCUUUGUGGCAGGGUCCAAUGCCCGGCCACCGUCUUCCGCUGGGAGGAUUUUUUGUUUUGUUUGUUUUUAAGUCUGGGAACACAAGGGGGGGCUCCUCCCAUUCGUGUUGGCUCAUGGGCGUUUUCUCCUGGGAUGGAGACUGUCGCUGGCAAGGACUUAGCUAUCUAGAGCAGACAGGAGGAGUCUCUACAGGGUUUUCUGGAAACAGGCCCAGAGGCAACACAUGGCAGGGAGCCUUCUCUUUGAGACUGUGGGGGGAAGCUGUUUGGACAGAGGCCAUCUCACAGGGCCUUCUCGGCGAGGAGGAAGCCCCAGGCCUCUGUCUGCCCCAUCUCAUGACACAGUGGCAGUACCGUACCACCCUGGCCCCUGACCCCGUACCUGUACCCAGGAAGAGGAAGCAUCCUUUACUCUCUGCUGUCAGGAAGCUGUGCCCUUUAUACCACUCCGUUCUCAGAUGGGCCUUACAGGAGGAAGCUGAGGCCUGGGCCCAGCCAAAGGCCUGCCGUGGAGCCCACCCUCAAAUGCAGGGUCUUUUGUGUCAAGAGUGGAUGCUCUCUGCCCUGUUGAAAUUCUGGGGGGCUAAGUCUGGCCGAACACAGAAAAGGAAGGGCCCCUAAAGGGCUCCUGAGAGAUAAGCGCCCUCCCCAUCACCUUCUUGCCCCAAAUUUCUGAGACACAGCACCACACUCCAUCUGCGUCAUCGUGGCCCUCCAGAAGUACACCGUGCCCUUCCGCUGUGCUCACCUGUGUUUCCCCCCUUUUUCCCCACUACACCCCCUUAAUGACACAUAGUGACAGGUGGGGCACUUAUCUAUAUAUCAUUAAUAUUUAACCUCCCUCUAAGGUCAUUGACCCAGUAUCUCCGGCCAAAGGUUAACUGCCUUCACUUUGUUUAAGAGUAAAAAGUCACUGAAAAAAAAAAAAAAAAAACCAGGUAGGUCUGUUCUUACUCGGUCAGUGCAACCAGAGGUGCAGAGACGCUUUUAUGGAAGGCCAUAAACUGGCUGCCAGCUCCCAGAACUAUGUGUGUAGCAACCAUAACAGGAAUGAGGGAGAAACAGGAGUGUCUAAGGAGGAGCCCAUGGCCCCCCUCAGAGGGCCCCCCUGAGGGAUCACGACACAGACGCUGCUCCCCUGGCAUCCCAGGUCUAAAGCUGGGCUGGAUCCUGCUAGAAGGCAGGCUGUCGAAGUUCCACAGUGUCUCAGGUGAGCUUGGCUUUCCUGAGAGCCCUACCCUACCCCAUAACCUGGAAAGUCUCCAGCUCUGCCUGUGGUGCCCUGUCCCACCCAGAGAAAGGUGAGUCUCCGAGUCGCCUGCCUCACAAGGAAUGGCAGAACCAGGAGUACGAGACUAGUGAUCACGGCAUUCCCCCAACCUUAUCCUCCGGGGACAAGUCAAGACCCCAGACCCCUGUCCAGCUGGAACCCACAAGCUUCGUGCAGCCAAGGAAAGACGUGACUGCAUCCCAACACGAAAUGGUAAACUUACUUAAAACAUCA